CACACACACACACACACACACACACACACAAUCAUCUCCUCUCGGUUGUGCCGCUUUUAUUCACGGCUGCGCGCGCCAGGCAGGCAGACAGACAGGCACGAGCUCGCGCCGCCAUAGUUCUUUAUUUUUCUCGCGUUUCCGGUUCGUUUCUCGUGCAUCUUUCUUUUUUUCUUUUCCCCUUCUUUCUUUUCUUUUCUUUCUUUCUUUCUUUCUUUCUUUUUUUUUUUUUUUAAUUUUUUAAAUCUAAUCUGUGUCUCAGAGCGGGAGGAUGGCGCUUCUGUCCUGAGCUCUUCUCCUUCAUCUGUCCAUCAUGAGCCGCUAACAGGAGACCGGACUUCUCUCUCUCUCUCUCUCUCUCUCUCUCUCUCUCUCACACACACACACACACACACACACACACACGGAUCCCGGUAGUGCGCAGUGGAAUAAUCGCAGUGGAAUAAUCGCAGGAUGCUAACGCAUUAGUCUCGGAGGAGUUUUGGCGUUGAAGAAGGACGGACCCCAUCGCCGCUUGACGUCUCUGCUACAGCGCUGAUCACAGCGAGCGGCCAUGUCGAACAUAAACAGUGCGCUCUGCAUCGAGAGCGGCGCUAACGCAGACGUGUCUCUGUUACAAAAGGACGCCCUUCAGGAAGCCGGAUUAAACCAGCUGUUGGAUUACAACGCAGAAAUCGAACGUUACCGCUCUUUCGCAAACUUUUACAAAACCAAUGGCGCGUUUCCUCAGAGUGCCAAGAUCGCCCGCAUCACCACGCCCAUCUUUCCCAGCGCGCGGAUUGGCGUUUCGCCGUGGAACUGUGACAACGCCGUGCUCUGGGGGCGCAAGUCGGCGCCGAUCCACCCGAACAGAACCAGGAGCGAGUCGUCUCAGCGGCCCGGGAAACCCGAGACUCUGCAGAUGGCGAACGGUAACUUCCUGUCCACGUUAUCGCCGGAGCACUGCAGGCCGUUAGCGGGGGACUGUGUUAACAAGCUGAAGUGCGGCGGCGCUGCUGAAGCGGAGAUAAUGAACCCGGCGUUCUCCGCCCUCCCUGCUCUGGGGGGAAUCUCUUUACCCCCCGGGGUCAUCGUCAUGACGGCACUGCACUCUCCCGCCUCCGCAUCCGCCGUCACAGACAGCGCGUUUCAGAUCGCCAACCUGGCAGACUGCCAGCAGCAUAAUAAUAAUCACAGUAAUCACAUUUCCUCUCCUGCGUCCGGAGGAAACGCCGCCAAGAAAAAGAGGAAGCGCUGCGGCGUGUGCGCCCCCUGCAGGCGGCUCAUUAACUGCGGCGUGUGUAGCAGCUGCCGAAACCGCAAGACCGGACACCAGAUCUGCAAAUUCCGCAAAUGCGAGGAACUGAAGAAGAAACCGGGAUCAUCACUCGAGAGGACGCCGGUGAGCAGCGGAGAGGCGUUUCGAUGGUUCUUCUAGUCCCAAAGAAACACACCGUCAUGCCACAUUAUUCAAUAACUGACUCAAAAAAAUGGAUUUAAAGGCUCCAGAACCUGGAAGUGAAACCAAACCUCGCUGGAGGAACGACAGAAACCACAGAAACGAGAGACAGACGGAGAGAGAGAGAGAGAGAGAGAGAGGUGGACGAGAGAAGGGUUAACGCUGUAAUUUGUUUAUUUCUUGUGUAAUUAUCACCAUUUUCUGUGUCUCUGCGUGUUCGGUGUCGUGGCUGAUCGAGCUACAGACGCUAACUUAUAGACAAUCAGCACCCGGAAUAAACCAUUCAAACGGAAUAUACCAUUCACCUGGAAUAUACCAUUCUCACGGAGGACGGCGUGAUCACGCUGAAUGUCUCGCAGCUGUGAGUCGAGGUGACUGAAGGACAAGCGACAACAGGAGGACAUCUAUGAAGCUGGAAUAAACCAUUCCUGAGGAGACGGGGGGAUCAGAUACAAUCUGUCUGUCUGUUCAUCUGCCUGUCUCUCCUUCUAUCUUUCUGCUCUGCCUCUUUAUGUAUGUAGCUAGAACAAUCCAUUCCAGGAGAGAAGGAAAGGAGCUGAUGCUCUCUCUCUCUCUCUCUCUCUCUCUCACCUCUCUCUCACUUUCUCUCUUUGAGACCAAACCAUUUCUCAACAGAGGGGAGGAUCGGAUAUUUUACGGAUAUUCUAUCUAUCCAUCAUUCCAUUUACUUAUCUGUCUCUCUGUCCAUCUCUCUGUGUGCACAUCCCUCCAUCCAUCCCUCCAUCCAUCCAUCCCUCCAUGAUUGGAACAAACCAUUUCUGAUCAGAGGUGGAGGAUGAUCAUUUAUGAUCUACUUACAGUGUCCCACGAUUGUCAUGUGACCUUAUCGAAUGAGUGUAAUGAUGUCAUCGAUGUGAUGAUGACAUCACGCACAGAUUGGAACAGUCGCCUCGACAAACCGCUGCCGGACGAUACGGACGGAGGAAAUGCGAUCGUACGCCAGACCUGCAGCAAUAAUCGGGAAAUUCUUCAGAGUUUCAGUUGAUUUAUGCGCCGGGACGAGAGACGCAGCCAAUCACGGUUCUGUACUUUUCCUUUAAUUUGCCGCUGUUCGGACGUUACGCAGGGCAUAUUGUCUUGCUAACAACGUGUUGUAAUUUUUAAUUUGUGAUGUGAAACGUCUUGAUUUAUGGAAAAACACUGGAUCCUCGAUUGUUUCGGAUGAAAUGUUUUCAUAACGUUUCAAUUUCUGUUACAGAAACACAGAAAGGCUGUGCAUUUAUUAUUCAUUUCUCUGUCCAGAGAUCUUUGCUACGAAAUCUUAGUUACGAAGUUAGUUAGCAGCUAAAGUUGCAUCCAUUCUGGGCUGAAGUCUCUCACAUGGGCUACUGAAAUCAAAUAAAAAUAAAAUUAAUAAUCUUUCAUAAUUAUGAUCGGAGCAUCUUAGCUGAACUAACUAAAUAACUAGCUAAGUUAUAGCUCGAUAACACAAGGUAUUGAAUAUAGCUAGCUAGCUAGUGUUACACUGGAGUAGCUAAACAUGGGUAACUAAUCACCUAGCUAGCUUGCAAAUACUGUAUAAUAAAUAAAAACAACUGGACAGAAAACUUUAUAAUAACAACGCACAGCCUGUCUGGACUUCUGUAGGUUGGACGCACAAGUAAAUAAAUUAAGGUUAAAUUUCCAAACUGCUAAAUUUAGCAAAGAUCUCCUAGCUAUGUGCACCAGAUGAACUGAAGCGAGAAAAAGAAAACGGAGUAAAACUUAAAAUUCCUCUCAGAAAUUCUUCCAGAUAAUCUCAUUAUAGCUAGCUGGCUAAUGUUAGCACUUAUUAUUAUGACCAUUUAUCACGAUGAAUUAAAAUUUCCUCUCAGAAAUCCUGUCGGAUUACUCCAUGUUUGCUAGCUGGCUAAAGUUAGCGGUAAAAAUGAUGAAUAUUAAUGAGUGAUUUAAAAUGUUAAGACUUUGCUGUAACUGACCUUCAGUUCAUCUGGUGUAACAGAUCAGAUCUGUGUAAUGUGAAGCCCAGAAACUGAAAUUAUGGUGUUAAACACGUGAGCGAUGUUACUCACUAGCGCUGAUGCUAGCGCUAACGCCCUGCUGUUGCAUGUGUAUCUGUGUUUUGGGUUUAAAGAUUACUGAGAGUUUGUAUAUCGUCGUUGUGAUGCUUUUAUGUGUUCAAAUGAAAGGAAAAAAAAGACCAAAAAAAAAUUGGAAAAAAUAAUUUGAUGUAAUUUUUAUUCUCACAUGUAAAAUUAAA